AUGCCGCAUCAAAAGUUCUCAUUGAUUGAGGAGCGCAACUAUAUAAAGAUUGCCAUAUAUUUCGAGAAUUCGGAUGAUCACGUCGAUGUGAAGCAGCUCAAGUUUUUUCUUGACAAUACGUUAAAGACGGCGUUCGGUAUAAUUGGUGCUUCAGUUAGUGAUUUCGACAUUCUUUCUUUGAGAAAAAAGUCUGCAAAUAGUAAUGAGCCCAUCACGGUAUUGUUACGAGUCCACUGUGACGGACUCAAGACAUUGUGGGGUGCCAUUACCAUGUGCACGACCCUCAACGAUAUAUGUAGUCAAGCAGGGCCAUGGAUUGUAAACUUAGUGACAAUAGAUUGCACCAUUCAAACGUCUAUAUCUUAG